GGAAGAGGAGCAUAUGGUAGAUAAGGAAGAGGAGCAUAUGGAAAAUGAAAAUUUUAUUGUAGAUAACAAAGGUUUUGAUGAGGAUACUGUUGAUGGUGUAGAUAAGGAGGAAGAUAUUGUAGAUAAAGAGAAGGAGAAUGUAGAUAAGUUGGAAGCACAGGAGGAAGAGGAUCUUGUGAAUAUUAAACAUGAUGUGGACAAACUUGUAGAUGUUCUAACGAGCAAUGUGGAAGCAAAGCGCCCACCAAAGCCAAGAAGGGUAAGCAGGAGAUCUAAAUGGAAGAGGACACCAUAUACUGAAGGCAAAAGAAAGAAAAAGGAAAAAAUUAGUAUAGAUAUACUUGAAAGUCCUGAACCAAAAGUAAAACUAGCUGAAAAAGUUACUCAUUUUUAUCCCGGUAUUCAAAUCCCCACUUUUGAUGCGUUGAGUUUCAAGCCAAUGACAGAUGAAGAGGAAGCUCUAUUGGGAGAGCUGAAUAAUGAGCUUCCAGACCCUACAUUGUUUAACUUACGCAUAAUAGAUAGCACAGGUGCUUUUGUACAUAAUUUAAAGAUACCAUCUCCCGUAGCAGAAAGACUCGACAAAGCUGAAAUUGAUAGCCUAACCAAAUUUUGUUCUCAGAAGAUUCACAAGAGAUAUAAUGUUAUAGUAACAACCAACAGCACUAUUAACAGGGAAGAGUUGUUAUAUGUGCUUCGUGGUGGCCGCCUUGACGACAAGGUGGAAGAAGCAGUUUUGGACACGAUUAGCCAGGAGGCAUACGGCAAAGGAUAUGGAGUGGUAUCGGUGUUCUUUCUUCACUCACUCUAUGGCUUGGAGGUGAACAAUUACGAGCAUUAUCUGAACUUCAUUGACAAAUAUACCGCAUACCGCAUAGAGCAUCUCUUGAUCCCUUUGGUCAGGGACGACCAUUGGCAUCUUGUAGAAGUUGACCUUAAAGAUAAAGUCGUCAAGCAUUACAGCUCCGCUGGGCACGAAGCUUGGAUGGAGCCUGUUAAUAAAAUCAUAAAAUUCUUUGAUGCCCAUCAUGCUGAUUUUAUUGAAGACAAUGUGCGCCAAAUAUUUAGAUAUCAAGCCAUCAAAUGCGAGCAACAAAGAGGACGCUUUGACUGUGGUGUGUUCGUCUACCUCUUUGUAAAAUCCAUAAUUGAAGGACGAUCAACAUUGCUGGUUAAUCCUCCGAACGAUAUCCCUGAAGCUAUGCGAGCAAGACUUGCCGCACAAUUAUUACUGGCUGGUUUUGAACAAAGACAUAAAGAAGAAACAGUGUACAGUGAUGAAUGAUAUGUUCAUACAAAUACAAUAAUGUAUGUAUAUUUAAGUAAUUGAAAAUGAUUGUUAUCAGAUGUAUUGUUCUAUCUGUACCAUGUUCGUUCUA